AUGUCAUUUGUUGGAGGCGGUCCAGAUUGUGCUGUUGGAAACAAUGCUGUUUCUCAACUAAACAAACAUACUCAACAAGAUAGAUCUUUACAACAACAGGCCUCUUCAUCUCAGCAACAUGGAAUAAACUUACCAAAUCAAGGUUUUAAAAGCAGAGAUAACAUUAUCAAUGCAAGAGAUCGACAAAAUCUUGACCAGUUUAUGAAUGCUGGUUCUCCAUCUGUUCAGGCAAAUUCCUUUCAAUUUCAGCAGAUGAGACACGAACUUAACGGAAUGCAACAUCACCAGCAACCGCAACAACACCAGAAUAACUGGUCUAAGGAUUUUAAGCAGCAAUCGGUAUCGCCUGUCCCACAAAAUGCUUCACCCAUUGUUAAAAACACACAAUGGGCAAACGAGUUUCAGAGUGUGGGGCCGCUGGUUCAACAAUCAUCACAAGCUAUACAUCAGCACCACCCACAAGCUCUAGGAAACCAAAAUUAUACGCUGUAUAGACCCAUGAUGAAUUCAUACCGUCCAAUGAUGAUGAUGGGUGGUGCGGGUGGCAUGUCCUCCUACCAACAGCAACAGCAACAACAGCCAAUGAUGCACCAACACCAACAACCACAAGCAGAUACUCAGAAGCAGGAUUCAACUCAACAGGUUGAUUGGGAUGACCAGUUUAAACAAAUUGAAGAGUUAUCAACGUCUGAGUUGAACAAAGAAGAAGAGGCAACGAAACAAGCCGACGACAAGGAUGAUAUAGUUAUUGAUGACAAGUACCAAGCAACAUUUCAAGAAGUAUGGGAUAGUUUAAAUUCUGAAGCAUUUGAGAAUGAUCUUAUUGAGCAACAGUACGAAGAGUUUAAACAUACCCAACGUGAAACUUUUCCAGCAGAUAUGAAUCAAUGGGAAAGGGAUUUUGCCAAAUAUGCAUCAACAAGAGCCCAUUUCGGAGAUUACAAGUUUGAAGAACAAAGCCAAAACCAAUUUAUGGAUUUACCAGCUGAUCAAGACCCAUAUGAGAUUGGUUUACAGUUGAUGGAGAAUGGGGCAAAGCUUUCUGAAGCUGCAUUGGCCUUUGAGGCUGCAAUCCAGAAAAAUGAAAACCAUGUUGAUGCAUGGUUGAAAUUGGGCGAGGUACAAACACAAAAUGAAAAAGAGAUUGCUGGUAUUUCUGCGUUGGAGAAAUGCCUUGAGUUGCAUCCAGAGAAUGCAGAAGCAAUGAUGAAUUUAGCAAUUUCCUACAUUAACGAAGGAUACGACAAUGCUGCAUUUGCCACCUUGGAGAGAUGGAUAUCUACAAAAUACCCCGCAAUAGCCGAGAAAGCCAGACUCGAGAAUCCUGAAAUUACCGAUGAAGACCGCAUUUCUCUUAAUAACAGAGUCACUGAAUUAUUCCUCAAGGCUGCACAAUUAUCACCGGAUCAUGCUAGUAUGGAUGCGGAUGUUCAAAUGGGGCUUGGUGUGUUGUUCUACGCUAACGAAGAUUUUGACAAGACAAUAGAUUGUUUCAAAGCCGCAUUGAGUAUCAGGCCCAAUGAUGCUGUGUUGUGGAACAGGUUAGGUGCCUCAUUGGCCAAUUCAAAUAGACUGGAGGAGGCAGUAGAGGCAUAUUUCAAAGCAUUGCAGUUGAAGCCAACAUUUGUCAGGGCCAGAUAUAAUCUCGGUGUAUCGUGCAUUAAUAUUGGCUGCUACAAGGAAGCAGUCGAGCAUUUAUUAAGUGGAUUGCUGAUGCAUCAAGUCGAAGGUGUUGAAGGAGAUAACAAUGCUAGCGGUAAUAUGGGAACAUUGAACCACAACCAGUCUACUUCAUUGACUGAAACAUUGAAGAGAGCAUUUAUUGGUAUGGAAAGAAGAGACUUGGUUGAGUUGGUGAAACCCAACAUGGAUUUAAACCAAUUUAGAGGCGAAUUUAACUUUUGA